CUGGGAACGCGGCUUGGGGCUGCUGUGUUUUCCUGUGGGGUCGGAUCGAAGCAGCAGCCGGGUGCGGUUAUAGGGUGAGCAGACGGCAGCAGGAGGGAAAUCCGUGUCCCCACGUGUUCCCCGGGCAGGAAGGAACUGCCGGGCUGCGUGGGCGUUCUGCUCCGAUCCACACCCGGUGCUCAUCGCGGUGGCGCCUCCGCCUCGCGCUGACCCUCAUUAAGCGGGAGCGCGUCUCGAGUGGGUGCGUUUAACCCCCGUCUGCAGAAGCUCUGCCGUCGGGGUACUGCCGGGCUGUGGGGUCCCGUGCUGUGGGGUUGGGCUCUCUGUGCAGGUGCUGUUUUCCAGCACACCGUUCUCCUCGGAGGGCCCCCGAGGCUGCAGGUGCUUAAUGAGCAGUGCGCUCGUUUGGCAUCACCUGGGAGCAGAGUGCAGGGGGGGCAGCAGGCAGGGCUUGGGGUUUGGAAGCGCUGUGGGUGUGGGGAUAUGGGGGUCCUGGAGCAGAGCAAAGCAGCAGCACCCCCACCUCUCUGCAGCAUCCUCCACCCCGGGACACAAAUGUGCCCAGCUGGUGGGGUCACUUGGGAUGCAGGGAUGGAAGCAGAGCCUUUGGUGGUGGAGAACGAUGGCAUUGUGGAUAAAAGCUUUGUGUUUUGGUCUGAGCUCUCGGACAAAGCCGGGCACCCCUGCUGCCCUUUGGGGUUGCAUUGCUGUGGGGUGAGGGUGGGCUCUGCGGUGGGUGUUGGCACCUUUGAGUGGCCACAGUGCAAACUGGGGCUGAAAGGGACCUCCAGCCCAACCCUGAGGGCACGGGGGAUGCAGCCCCGCACCAACACCCUUCAGUAAACCCAUAAAGGCCAAAUGGGCGAUGGAGCUUCCAAAAGAAGUGCUGUUGUGUCACCGCUUCUGUGACACCCAAAUGUAUCCGUGCUAAGAAUGCCAUCAUGCUUUCUCUGCCAUGUCCUGCCCCAUAGGGGUGAGGCUCAGCUGCAGGGCAUCCCAGUGGGUCCCAUUGAGGCUCAGCACUGCAGAUAUCUGUGUCCUCAUCCCCAGGUCCUGGUAGAGGUGGCAGCAUGGACGGGCAGGACCCAACCCUGGGCUGCGAGCGUGAGCAAAAGGGGCAGCCAGGUUGGUGCGCAAUGAGCGCGGGUUGGGAUUUUCCUUCUUUGGACAAUAGAAUGGAAGAUCGGUGUAAAGGUGGUCCGUCAGAUAGGUGCAGGAGUUGGGAUCAUGGCUGGGAUGUCCCAGUUUGGUGGUGACCACACCGGGAUAGCAGGAGAGGCAUCAGGAGGGGAACAAGAUGUGCUCUGGGCAGCCCGGUCUGGUGGUUGGUGACCCUAUACGUAGCAGGGGGUUGGAACUCGAUGAUGGUUAUGGUCCUUUUCAACCCAGGCCAUUCUACCAUUCUAUGAAGCAUCCUCACUAACAGCACUAUGGAAGUGUCUCCCCAGCAGUGGAUCACCACGAGCACCGCAAUGGGUCCCAGCGUCCCUGGCGGGUGGGGGGUGGUGGCUGAGCACAGCCGGGGGGUGACUGUGUGCUCUUCCAGCUUUCACCUGGGAGGUGUGGGCCAACAACAGAGCCCACCACGCGCAGCUCAGGAAGAGAUCUGCCUUCUGUUUGAGCAAGAAGAAGUACACGCCAAGUACAACGUGCUGACCUUCCUCCCGCUGAACCUCUACGAGCAGUUCCACCGCAUGGCCAACGUCUACUUUGUCUUCGUCAUCCUCCUGCAGACCUUUCCGGAGAUCUCCACGCUGCCAUGGUACACUCUGCUCUUCCCCCUGAGCUGCCUCCUCACCAUCCGCGCCCUACGGGACCUGAUGGAUGACAUCGGCCGACACCAAAGCGACAGAAACAUCAACAGCAGGCCGUGCGAGAUCCUGUGUGGGGAGAGCUUCUGCUGGCAGAGAUGGCGUGACGUCUGCGUUGGGGACAUCGUCCGCCUGCACAGGGACAGCCUCGUCCCGGCCGACAUGCUCCUGCUGUGCAGCUCGGAGCCCAGCAGCCUCUGCUACGUGGAGACCUCUGAUAUCGAUGGAGAGACAAACCUGAAGUUCAGACAAGCCCUCCUGGUCACCCACCAGGAGCUGACAAGUGAGGGGAGCUUGGCUGCCUUUGAUGGGAGAGUGACCUGCGAGGAGCCCAACAGCCGCAUGCACAGCUUCACCGGUGUGCUGCAGUGGAGAGGUGAGACGUACCCCCUCGAUGGCCAAAGGAUUCUGCUGCGGGGCUGCAAACUCCGCAACACCAACACGUGCUAUGGAUUGGUUAUCUAUGCAGGAUUUGAUUCCAAAAUUAUGAGGAGCUGUGGAAAGAUCAAGAGGAAGAAAACCAAGCUGGACCGCAUGAUGGACCGCCUGGUGGUCAUAAUCUUUCUGGUGCUGUUGGCCACGUCGCUGUGCCUCGCCGUUGCCUCAGGGUUCUGGGCCAAGAUGUUCCAAGAGAAACACAGCUACCUCGCUGCUCUCUACAAGCACACGACUCCCGCCAAGCAGGCUUUCUUCAGCUUCUGGAGCUUCACCAUCCUCCUGAGCGUCAUCAUACCCAUGUCCAUGUAUAUCACGUUUGAAUUCAUCUACCUGGUGAACAGCUUCUUUAUCAACUGGGAUUUGGAGAUGUAUUAUGCUGUCAAGGACAUCCCAGCGAAAGCCAGGAGCACCAGCCUCAACGACCAGCUCGGCCAGGUGGAGUACAUCUUCUCGGACAAGACGGGCACCUUGACGCAGAACGUCAUGAGCUUCAAGAAAUGCUGUGUCAACGGGACCAUCUACGGUUUGGGCACGGGCCAUGAGAACAAACAGCCAUCGGGGUUGGUGUUGACUCGGAGUUGCCAUGGGGAGAAGACGUUGGAUCCCAACAACGUGGGGCUCCGGGAAGCGGCCCACAGGAACAGCGAUCCGGUGCUGCGGGAGUUCCUGCGGCUGUUGGCCCUCUGCCACACCGUCAUGGUGGAGGAGAGGGGAGACCAACUGGUUUACCAGGCAGCUUCUCCAGAUGAGGAAGCUCUGGUGCUGGCAGCCAGGAGCUUGGGCUAUGUCUUCCUGUCCCGAACGCAGGACACCAUCACCAUCAGUGAGCUGGGGGUGAAGAGGACGUACCAAGUGCUGGCCAUGCUGGACUUCAACAGCGACCGCAAGAGGAUGUCAGUGUUGGUGCGGGACCCACAGGGCACGAUCCGGCUCUACACCAAAGGGGCUGACACUGUGAUCCUGGAGAGGCUGCGGGGCCGGGGGCCCAACCAGGACUUCACCGAGAGGGCUCUGGAUCUCUUUGCAGAGGAGACCCUGAGGACGCUAUGCCUGGCCAGCAAGGAGCUGAGCGAGGUGGAGUACGACGAGUGGGGCAGGAGGCACCGCGUGGCCAACGUCCUGCUGCAGGGCCGGGCGUGUGAGCUGGACAGGCUGUACGAGGAGAUGGAGCAGGACCUGGAGCUGCUUGGGGUCACGGCCAUUGAGGACAAGUUGCAAGAAGGGGUCCCUGAGACCAUCCAGCUGCUGAAACUGGGCAACAUCAAAGUGUGGGUGCUGACGGGAGACAAACAAGAAACAGCGAUGAAUGUCGGCUAUGCGUGCAAGCUGCUCACGGAUGACAUGGAGAUCCUGGAGGAGAAGGAAGCGAGCGAGAUCUUCAAGGCUUACUGGGCGAGAAACAACGUCAGUGGCAGUGCCUGUGUCUCACAGCAGCACUCGGAGCCUUUGUGCCACAAGAAGAGAGCUCUCGUCGUCAGCGGGGACUUCCUGGACACGAUCCUCCCGACAGGAGAGGUGCUGCAGAAGAAGGGACAGCUGUGGCAGCAGCUGUCUUGCCAUGGGGCGACGGACCCACAGGAGCAGGGCAGUCUGGUGGAGAAGGCCUUUGUGGACCUGGCCACCAGCUGCCAGGCUGUCAUCUGCUGCAGGUUCACCCCCAAGCAGAAAGCUCUCAUCGUGCAGCUGGUGAAGAAACACAAGAAAGCCACCACCCUGGCCAUUGGGGAUGGGGCCAAUGAUGUCAACAUGAUCAAAACUGCCGACAUCGGGGUGGGCAUCAGUGGGCUGGAGGGCGUGCAAGCCGUGCAGUGCAGCGACUACGCCCUGGCGCGGUUCUGCUACCUGCAGCGCCUGCUGCUCAUCCACGGCCGGUGGGGUUACCUCCGCAUCUGCAAGUUCCUCCGCUACUUCUUCUACAAGACCUUUGCUGGCCUCCUGACCCAGGUCUGGUUUGCUUUCCACAAUGGAUUCACGGCCCAGCCUCUCUAUGAAGGCUGGUUCCUUGCUCUCUACAACGUUUUCUACACCGCCUACCCCGUGCUUUCCAUGGGUCUUCUGGAACAGGACGUGAGUGCCAAGAAAAGCCUGAGGUUCCCUGAGCUCUACACCAUUGGGCAGCAGAACCAGCUCUUCAAUUAUCGCAUUUUCAGCGUGACGCUCCUGCACGGGGUCAGCACAUCACUCACCAGCUUCUACAUCGCACUCUGGGCCUUCGAGGACCACGUUGGCAGCAGGACUGUGGGGGACUACGAGUCCUUCUCCGUCACGGUGGCCACCUCGGCUUUGCUGUCAGUCCUCAUGGAGAUCAUCCUGGACACCAAGUUCUGGACGGCGUUGUCCUUCCUGAUGGUCACAGCCAGCUUGCUGCUCUACUGCCUCUUCUCCUUCCUGACCCAGAGCAUCGAUGCCUUCAGGAUCGCCCCCACUGUCUUCCGCUUUCCAGAUGCCACCCAGAAUGCUCUGACCGACCCCUACAUCCUGCUGGUCGUCCUGCUGUCCCUGGUGGUGAACACCAUCCCCUCGCUCACCAUCCGCUCGUACAACGCCAUCACAGGCAACACCAGCAUCCAGCAGAAGAUCUGCUGGAAGGCCAGGCAGGAGCCAGAGCCCUCGGUGGAGCUGCGAACCCACAUCCCCCGCGGUUCCUUCCACCGCCAUUCCAGCUAUGCCUUCUCCCACCAGGAGGGCUACGCCGGCCUCAUCACCCGCGGGGAGAGCCUGCGCACCAAGGGCACCCACAGCACCAAUGACAUCCACAGCACCAAUGACAUCCACACCACCAACAGCAUCCACAGCACCAAUGACAUCCACAACACCAAUGACACCCACACCACCAAGGGCACCCGCUCCACCAACAGCACUCACACCACCAACAGCACCCACGCCACCAAUGACAUCUGUGCCACCACAGCUCUCCAUCCCCAAGGGACACCCCCACCUUGGCCCUCCCGCCAUAGCUGACCUGGCCACAUCCUGCUGGGGCCUCAUGGGUUUCCUCCUCUUGAGGGCAUCUGAAUCCAAUUUGGGGUGUUUUUGCUUUACAAUCUCCACACACCCAAACCCAUGGCAGUGCUGUGCCCUUUGUGCCAUGCCCCCAUCCCCCCCACCUCCCACUCCCCCAUUCUUUGGGGGCCGUGCACAACCUAUGGCAUGCUGCAGAGCCACAGCGUGGGGAGGAGGAACCAUGCAAACAACCACUCGGUGACCCGAUCACCAUUUUUUAUCCUCAUUUUUGUAAUUAAAAGCCCCCACGCCAGCACGGCACACACACACACACACACACACACACACACACACACACGGGGGUGAAUGACUAGAAAAUAAUUUAUUGAAGAAACAGAAAGCUGCAGAAAUACAACACAGUCAUGACCAGUAGAGGAUGAACAAAUAGAGAUUUUCUUUUUUUUUUUCUCUUUUAAAACCUGUUGACAGGCUGGAGUUCGGUUUCCUGGUAAUUUCCCCUGCGUGAGUCAUUGCAAAGAACAAGGAACAAACUCCAGAGCACACAGCACAGUUUGGAUAAAGUGCCUGACACAUAAGACUCUUUUUUUUUUCUUCUUUUUUUUUUUAAUUAUUAUCUUUUUUUUCUUUUUUCUUUUUUAGCAUUUGUAAAUAGCUUAAACAAAUAUAAUUGCAAGACACAGAGGAGUAACAA